CCCGAUUCUGCAGGUGUAGUUGCUCGAAUGAGGGCCUGGUGUGGGCUUCCUAGAGCAUAACUCUGGAGCAGAUGAGGAAAUUAUCGGAGCACAAGUUCGGUGAAGAUGACCAAUCUGAUCAGUUCAGUAUCACCAUCAUCGAGGUAAUGCAGGAAGACUAUGGAAUGUUUGUCUGGCCUUGUAGCAUUGUACUGGCCGAAUAUGUAUGGCAACAAAGAGCACGAUUUUCUGGUGCCACCGUUGUUGAACUAGGUGCUGGGACUUCCCUGCCUGGAUUAGCUGCCGCAAAAUUGGGAUCAGAGGUGAUACUGACAGACAAUGCAGAAGAAGAGCAGGUACUGGAAAAUAUGCAGGCAAUUUGUUCCCUCAAUGGGCUCUCUUGUAAGGUGGUUGGUCUAACCUGGGGGGAGUGGGAUACACAGUUAUUUGAGUUGAGACCUCAAAUCAUUCUUGGUGCAGAUGUGUUGUAUGAAUCCAAUGCUUUUGAUGAUCUAUUCGCGACAGUGGCAUUCCUACUACAUAAUUCUCCAGGCUCAGUCUUCAUAACAACUUAUGACAAUAGGAGUGGACAUCAUCUUAUUGAGUAUUUAAUGGUAAAAUGGGGGUUAAAAUGUGUGAAGAUUUUGGAUGCCUACUCAUUCAUGCCUGCGUCAAAGUCUUCUUCCAUACAUGGCAGCAUCGAACUAGUGGAGAUAAAGACUGAGGGUACUGUAUCAUAAGGUAAAAUGCUUCAUGUCUUUGAGGUGGAUUUGGAGACCAACCCAGUUGCAAGGUCUCACCUACAUUGACAGGUAGUUCUAGCCCAACGGAAGGGCUGUUAUUGUCUCAGCUAGAGUUAGAUGAAAGGAUGAAGCACCAUAUUCUUGGUCAGUUCUCUUGUUUUUAUGUUUUCUUUUCUCCCUUUUAGUGCAUCUCAGUCAGAAAUCUUGUGGGAAUAGACGAAAGGUAGCCAAAUUUUGGUCAAAUAUAUAAUUUGUGUACUCAUUAUACAAAGUUCAGUGAACAGAAAGUCCAAAGAAGACCUUCACAA